AUGGGGAAGAUUCUUGGGAUCCCAGCAGAGCCCCUCCCCAACGGCACUGAAAACUUGAGAGCUGUGAAGAGUGAUUCCCCCUACUUAAUUUCCAUGGCAAAGGGCCCUAACCUUUGGUCUUCCACCACCACCAGGGAGAGACUCGAUGAGAUCGGCAAGAAGAUCAAGCGAGAGCCGGACGCCGCCUCCGCCGCCGCGGGCGUCGUAGUGGCCGUCGCGUCACCGACUGAUCACCAAGCCCCCCGCCGCGUAAACCUAGGCCUUGGCGGCGCAACGAACACGGCGACCCCGUGCGCCGCGUGCAAGCUCCUCCGCCGCCGCUGCGCCCACGAGUGCCCCUUCGCCCCCUACUUCUCCCCGCACGAUCCCCACAAGUUCGCCGCCGUCCACAAGGUUUUCGGCGCCAGCAACGUCUCCAAGAUGCUCCUCGAGGUGCCCGAGGCGGAGAGAGCCAACGCGGCGAGCAGCCUGGUGUACGAGGCGAACCUGCGGUUGCGCGACCCGGUGCACGGCUGCAGGGGCGCCAUCUCCAUGUUGGAGCAGCAGGUGAACGCGCUGGAGGCCGAGCUCGAGGCCGUCAGGGCCGAGAUCUUCAAGCAUAGGUACCGGCAGGCCAGCGUCGCCGGCGCGGCCGGUCUCAUGAUCGAGGACGUCCAUACCACCGCGGCCGGUGACUUCAUGGCUCCUGCCACGCAAGUGGUACAUGCCUCUGACGUGGUGUCGGUGGCGGAGGCCGGCCAAGAAGUGGCUGGAAUGCCAUCGACGUCCACCACGGUGUAUGCUCCCGGACAACCGUCGAGUACUGACUACAGCUCCCUCAACACAAGUGAGCAUGAUGCAUACUUUGGUUGA